AUGACUGGAAUAGUUUGUGGACAAUUUACUUUUUUCACUGAAUUUGACUCUGCGAAUUUGGCCAAGGUGGAAUAUGUUCCUAAAGUAAACGAUGUCGUUUUAAAACAUCCAAACAAGUUUCAAGACUUUAUCGAUGCCGAGUUUAAUAUAUGGACCAAACCGGAUUGUUUCGGCACAGAACACGAGAACACCAAUAGGACAUGGUUCUAUUUCGGAAUGAAGGCUCCCGCGGCCGCGUUGAAUGUAAAGUUUAACCUGGUCGAUUUGAAUCGACAAGGUAAAAUGUACAGUCAAGGUAUGGCUCCAGUUUACAGAAUCGUGCCUGGCAAACAAAAAUGGGAACGGAUAUCUGACAAGCCUACUUAUUCCAUUCAGGACGACAUAUUCACGUUAUCGUUUAAGUUCAAAACCGCCGACAAUCCCGAAGCCAUCAUGUACUUCGCCUUUACAUACCCGUUCUCUUACACCGAGCUGGAUAGAAUGUUAGUAAACGUCGAUUCUAAAUACCUCAACGUCCAUCCUGUAAAUGAAGACGAUAUAUAUUACGUGAGAGAAACGAUCACGCACUCGCUGGACGGCAAACCGAUCGAUUUGUUAACGAUCAGUUCGUACCACGGGGCUUCGAAGGAACGCGAAAUCAAACUGAAGAACCUGUUCGCCAACAGCGCGGAGCCCAGGCCUUUCAAAUUCCCCGGAAAGAAGGUAAUCUUCGUAUCGGCUAGAGUACAUCCCGGCGAAACGCCGUCCAGUUUCGUUUUCAACGGUCUGCUGAGCCUGUUGUUGACCAGAGACGACAUUAUCGCUCAGACGUUACGUAAAAUGUACGUAUUCAAGUUGAUACCGUUUCUGAACCCGGACGGAGUGUCCCGAGGCCACUACAGAACAGACAGCAAGGGCGUGAACCUGAACAGGGUCUAUCUGAAUCCCAGUUUAAUGGAGCAUCCUUCGAUCUACGCGGCGAGAGCUUUGAUAAGGUAUUAUCAUUUUGGGUACGAAAAAGUGGACGUUGUACCGAUGUGCGAUACGUGCAAGGCCGCCUCCACGAAUUCAACGGAUAGUAGCGAUUCCGAUUACGAUGAUAAAGAGAAGGAUCGCAUCAGAAAGAAAGUCUCUCGAAUAUCGUUGGACGAGAAAGAGGGCGAACAAUCGCCUUGGUGUACUAAAUGUAAGACUAAUAUACUUAAAUUGGAAGAUACUAUGCCGGGCAUUUCAUCAAUCAUACCUACUUUCAAUUUAAAAUCGGCCUUAGGGCAUAAUUUUUGUCGAAAUUGCGGGUCGCAACUAAAGCACACGAAAAGUAAAGAAGAGAUUGAAUUUGAAAAGGUUGUUACAGGUGACCACGGGGAUUUAAACGCGAACGAGUCCGGUCUUUACCUGUAUAUCGAUUUGCACGGACACGCGUCCAAGAAGGGCGUGUUCAUGUACGGGAAUCAUUUCGAUGACAUUGACAGAAAUGUGGAAUGUAUGUUGUUACCCAAACUGAUGAGUUUAAAUAAUCAUAAUUUUCAUUUUCAUGCUUGUAAUUUUACCGAGAGAAAUAUGUAUCUAAGGGAUAAAAGGGACGGUAUGAGCCGAGCUGGCUCUGGAAGGGUAGCCGUUUUAUCUCUUACAGGCAUUAUAAAAAGUUAUACUCUCGAAUGUAAUUAUAACACAGGAAGACUGGUUAACGUUUUACCUCCUACUAUUAAAGAACCUCACGGUAAAGUGCACACAAUAUGCAUACCACCAAAAUACACGCCGCAGACGUUCGAAGAGGUGGGAAGAUCCUUGGGCACGUCGAUUUUAGAUUUAACCGGUAACAACCCUUUCACGCGAAUACCGAACUCUGAAUUCCACACGCUAGCCGGCCUGAGGGAUUGGCUGAAGCAAAUGAAUCCGGAAUUGAGCGCGUGCUCGAAACCGAAAGCGAGAUCGGCCCUUCACAGUCAGGGGAAAUCGUCGCGCACCAUGCUAAGGAACCGCACGCCACUGCCGAAGCCGUUGCUGCGCAAAACGAAGGUGCGCAGCGCGCCGCCCAUACCGCUCGAUCGCAAGGAGAACGUCCAGGCCUCAUCGUCCAAAACGGGCCUCAAAUUCAACAAGUUCAAGGCGAAGCUGCGCAAGGACCUGACGCUCAAAUCGAAGAACUCGGCCGAGAAGCUGAAGCCGUCGCCGGGCAAGGCGACGAAGAAGGCGCCGCCGCCGCUCGCCGCCGCCGCCGCGCCCAAGAAACCGUCGACGGAACAGCGCCAGCGCGCUGCCGACGAUGACGCCGCCGUCGCCGCCGCCGCGCCGCCCCUCGACAAGCCGAAAGACGAGGGCGUCCAGCUCAAAGAGAUACGCUUUAUCAAAAACAGCGAAGGUAAGGCGGUAAUCGCUAAGUACGACACCAAGGACUACGACGACAGUCUGGUGGUGGCGUGGGAGCGGAACGCGAGCCAGGGGCAGCUGUUCACGCGCAGCUCGCGCGUCUCGUCGGCGCCGCAGUUUCAAUUCGGUAAUAAGAUCACGUUCUCGGAGCCGGGCACGAGCCGGCAGAUCGGCGGCUUCCGCGUCCACAAUUUCACGAAGCCGCCGUCGAAAACUAAAUUGCGGAAGAACUUGCGCCGCCUGGCCAGCGCCGCCGACAUACUCGGCAAGGUCGACAAGAAGAACGCCAAGAAAAAACUCAAAGCUAAAUAA